AUGGAAGACAUCCAUGAUUUUGAUACCAUAGAUUUGGAUCUUGAUGCAUACUUCAAAAGGAAACAAGUUUCCCAAUGCAAAGACGAAUUUCUACAUAUUCUCUAUGAAGAAGACGAUGAUGACGCAAAUGAUGAUGCUCAAACUGAAAUCAAUAUAGAACAAUCAAACAAAGAUUAUAUGGAAGGUAGUCAUGAAGAAGAUACUGAUGAAGAUUUCGAGUAUUCCACUCGCAACCCAAAGGUAAAAUGGAACAUAAUCAAACCAACUCUUGGUGAAAGGUAUGAAUCCCCACAUGAACUGAAUUUGUGUUUAACCAACUAUAUUGUUAGUAAGGGUUUUCAAAUUCGUUUAAAAAAAUGUGAUAAUGUUAGAAUAGUGGAAAUAUGUGGAGGUGAUCCAGAGAAGUGA